AUGAGCCUCUCAGACGGUUGGCAAUCGGUGAUCCGCCUCGACGAACGAUCGUACCAGUGGUCUCGGGAUCCUGUUGCUCGUCUAAGCGAUGAUUUUCGUCAACUCUGCUCCGGGAUUUCAGGGAGUCCGUGUCUCGUCUUCCGCGCUGACGAUUGCCCUGACUUUGUCGACUCCAGCCUCUGCGAGCUCUUCUCACACUGGCUUACGAUUGACGAUGUUACCUCCGCCUCUUUCUGCAGGGCCGUCUUCCUGCUAGAUCCGUCUCUCGAACCUGGAACGGCCGAAAACAUGUCCAAAGAUUCCUUUCCUGGUCUCAGAGAUCUAGGCACGAUAAACGUCAUCCGAAUGGCCACCAAUGGCUUACAGCGACUGCGCUCAGGGCCAUACUUUUAUCAAGAAGCUAGCUUUCAUCACGUGUAUCGCACGUUUCCCGAUUCUCAAUCUGCCUUCUUCUCAGCCAUCACACAGAGCCCUACAAGCGGUCAAUUCAUAGAGCAUCGCCCAACCGACCAUAUUGCCGUGCCAUCUCGCCUAUACUCUCCACCACAGACCGCCAAGCUUCCCUUAUCUGGCCUUCGUUUUGCGUCAAAAGACGUGUUUGAUGUUGCCGGACUCAAAACUAGUGCGGGAUCCAGGUCUUUCUUCGAGCUGUCUGAUCCCAAACCCAAAUCGGCAUUCAUCGUCCAGAAGCUCACUGCUUUAGGCGCAGUACUGGUUGGGAAGGCCAAAAAUACACAGUUCGCCAACGGUGAAGAUCCGCAAGAAUGGGUCGACUACUGCUGCCCUUGGAACCCGCGUGGUGACGGCUAUCAAAACCCCGAUACGAGCAGUAGCGGGAGCGCGACGGCGGUUUCCUCAUACUCAUGUCUAGACUUUGCCAUCGGAUCCGACACCUGUGGUAGCAUCGCGUGCCCGGCGGCUGCACAGGGUAUCUUUGGCCUUAGGUUAUCUACUGGUGCACUCUCUCAUGAAGGAGCAUUCACCGUCAGCAAAUAUUUAGAUACGUCAGGCAUCUUCACCCGAAGCAUCGAUAUUCUGCAUCUCGUCACCUCUCAGCUACUUGAGGGCACAUCUGAAUAUGGAAGAAGCCCUCCUCUAUCCGAAGUAGUUGAUCUGCCGCUCCUCCCGCUCCCUCCGCCAUUAUCUGUAUACCCCAAAUCGUCAUUUCCGCACGAUAAUGGCGAAACCAUUGCGUCAGUUGACCGAUUCAUCAAGGCUCUCGAGAGCUUCUGCAACACAGAGCGAACGACCCUGGAUAUAGAUGAGGAAUGGAAAAAGACAGAUCCCCAAGGCCUUGGGCUAUCGAUUUAUAGCGAAUUAAAGAUGGUAGCCCUCUCCCCCCUUGUAAAAUUGCGCCUAAAAUCAUACCGAAACAUAUACCAGAAGAAUCCUUACCUGGAUAGAGUGAAUACUGAAAAACUGAAACUUGCCCGGUUGGUCACGAUAGAGGAUCGCGAAAAAAUGGUACAACAAAAAGCAUUCUUCGCCAACUUCGCCUACAAGCAGAUUCUACAGAGUGGUGACGGCAGCGGGGCCGCUGGCUCCCUUGGAGGAAUCAUGGUCUGGCCUUUUAACCCCCAGGAGCCGCAAUAUCGAGACAAUUGUCCACCACUUACGCCCCAUGUAAAUUGGCGCUGGGAUGUGGACUAUACUGCCCCUCUUGCCGGGUUGCCCCAAGUCAUUGUGCCCAUUGGCCAAUUCCGGUAUGAGUCUCGCAUCACAGGAGAGCCGGAUUUUCUCCCGAUUGCUGCCUCAAUCGUGGGACCUCCGGGCAACUCCUCAAUAGUCGAUGUUUUUUACUUCUAUUUUUAUGCCUUGAACAAUGGCGGGCACGUUGCCGGUGUUCCUGAAGACUUCCACGUCGGUGACUGGGAGCAUUCCAUGGUCAGAUUCCAGAAUGGUGUUCCGACUGAAAUAUCUUUGUCCCAGCACAGCAGUAGCGGAGAAGCUUUCUCAUAUGGAGCGCUGCAGAAGAUCGGAAAGAGGGCACUCAUAUUUUCGUCGUUCGGCGACCAGGCGAAGCAUGCUACAAAGGGGUCUCAUAACAUCCCGUUUACUCUUCCACCGCUGCCUCCGCUGAACCUGAGUUCCGUGUCAAUACCAGGCAUUCCUUCCAGUGUUCUUGGAUACUUAAAUCUAUCUGCAAUUCUAGAGGCCGUGCUUCCUGCCAACUUCCUACAGGACAAAACUUUGAUGGGAACAUUAUGGGAUCCAGUUGCUAAUGCAUUCGCCUACAAUUACACCUUUGACUUCGAUCCCCACCGUUCUGUGGAAGAAAACAACAAGUUUACACCGCUGGCAACGAAGAGCCAACCCAACCCCCAACCAGCUAGCUGA